AUGCCACCACCACCACCACCACCACCAGCUCCAGUGGCCCCAGCCCCACCUAAAACAGCUGAAAGAGGUGCAUUAUUAAAUUCAAUUCAAAAAGGUGCAAAAUUAAAAAAAACUGUAACAGUAGAUAAAUCAAAGCCAGUUUUACAAGCUGAUAAAUCUGGCGGAGGUGGCGGAGGCGGAAUGCCAAGACCGGGAAUGGGAGGUCCACCAAUGGGUAUGUUUACACCAUCACCAGGUGGUUUGAAAAAGGCAGGAGGUCCACCACCAUUAAUUGCCAAGCAAUCACCAGCUCCUGCUCCACCAACUUCCUCACCUUUGAAGAAGCCUCCACCACCAUUAAUUGCCAAAAAUACUGCUUCACCACCUCCACCAGUUGCCAGUAAACCAGCUCCACCAUCUUUUAAAGCCCCACCACCAGUUGCCAGUAAACCAGCUCCACCAUCUUUUAAAGCUCCACCACCAGUUGCCAGUAAACCAGCUCCACCAUCUUUCAAAGCCCCACCACCAGUUGCCAGUAAACCAGCUCCACCAUCUUUCAAGGCUCCUCCACCAGUUGGUGCUCGUCAAGCACCUGCACCUCCAAUGAAGAGAUAG